AACAGUGCGCGGCGCGUGUAUUUUGAGAUGGAUCUGGGAAUUAGAAAAAACUUUUGCGUCGUAAAAAUUGCUUAGAAAAUCUAAACAGAACCAAACACCAGGGGAUACUUCAUUUUAAGCCAACUCCUUUGUAAAAUAGUGGACUCUGGAUAGUUUUCAAUGGGCGUUUACCACUUUGUCACGGUGCUUUAUUCCCAACAGAGCUUGUUCGACAAAGAAAUGAGGGAGGAACACGGAGUGGAUUAGACUGGUCUUCCACUGAUCGAGUCGGGAUUGGAAUUUAUUCCAGUUUUCUGUCGGAUAUCACCUCAAUGUGGGCUGCAGACAACCAUCGCCUUUUUUGCGAAGUUAAAUGAUGGCGACACAUUGGAUGGGUCCGAGCGACGAGGACGAUGAUGCAAGACUCUCAGCCAGACUGCCCAUGGGGGAGGAUGGUGCAGAGCAGGGCGACCCCAUGGCGAGUCUGUUCCAGUUGGAGGAGGAGUCCUUUUCCUGGCCGGGCCCCAAAACACUGCACCUCCGACGCACCGCUCAGGGCUUCGGCUUCACCCUGCGCCACUUCAUCGUGUACCCGCCCGAGUCUGCUGUGCAUUCCUCCCUCCAGGGUGAAGAGCUCGGGAAUAGAGGGAGACCGCGCAACAGGCUGGAGCCAAUGGACACAAUCUUUGUGAAGCAAGUGAAGGAAGGUGGACCAGCACAUGGAGCUGGUCUCUGCACAGGGGACCGUAUAGUCAAAGUGAAUGGAGAGAGCAUUAUUGGCAAGACUUACACACAGGUGAUAGCCUUGAUACAGAACAGCGAAACAUUCCUGGAACUGUGUGUAAUGCCAAAAGAUGAGGACAUUCUGCAGCUGGCCUACUCCCAGGAUGCCUACCUUAAAGGUCACGACCCCUACAGCGGAAACGCGCGUCACAUCCCUCAGCCGCCCCCCGUAUGCUACCCCCGUGUAGACUCUAAGCCCCCCUCAGGGAUGGCCCAGGCUGCAGAGAGCUCAUCCUCGGUGGGGCUGCCGCCGGAGAUGGGCUAUCGCGUGGAGAUCCCUGUGCCGCCCUCCCCUCCCCCACCACUGCCCAAGGCACAGACGGCCGUGUGUGUGUGCAGUGAAACCGGUGUGCGGACUGUGGUGGUGCCGCCCGACGGUCACCUAGGUCACCGGUCCGACUACGCGAUGCUGGGCCCCGAGCCGGUGCUGAUCCGUCCGCGGCCCAGCACCGCGUCUGGCGGACGGCCCUCCUACCCCCACCCACGCAAGGCGGACCUCUACCCGGGCUACCACGGCGAUCCGUACGGCAUGCAGCCUGUCCACUUCCACCCGUCGGCCUCGGCCGGCGCGCACCAGAACAUCGACUGGCGCUCCUACCAGACUUACCGGGAGUACAUCGACAACAAGGGGCUGCACGCUUACAGCCGCACCAUCCAGGAGCGUCUGGACAGCCUGCGAAGCGCCUCCCCGCAGAGCGUCCACCUCGGCAUGCCGUGUGGCCCGCCGCCGCCCCCCCCGGCCCCUGCCUGGGACUCGCGCCUGAGGCGCCGGAGCACCUCUCACGAGCGCUCGUACGGCGGGCCCCCCAUCAGGCCUCCCGCGCGCAGUGCCUCCCAGGACCGCAUGAGCGCCUCGGAGCGGGCCAGGCACCACCCCGACUGGCCGCCGCGCAGCUCGUCCCAGGACGGGCUGCUCCUCAAGGCCCGCGCGCGCUCCACGGACUACGUGGAGCACACAGACCUGGUCCAGCCCACCGUCUGGCUGGGGGACCGACGUGUGUACGUGCGGCCGGAGCCACAGCAGCGUCCCAGCAGACAGCAGCUACCGCCUCGGGCUGUCCUGCAGCGGGGCCCGGCCGGCUAUGGCCCCAACAGCAGUGGACGCGGCAGAGCCCAGAUCGGCUCCCGGACCGACAUUCCCCCUCCAGGCAUCCCCGCGGAGAGGCCCUCCCGCCUGGUCAAGAACCUGACUCCUGAGCCUGGUCCCAAAGACCAAAGAAUGGUGGGCAAUCACCUGUCGCACGCUGCCCACCACCUCCCACAGCAGCAGCUGCGUGCCCGACCAGAGACGCUCCAAUCACCAGAGACGGGCCGCGAGAGAGACGUCGGGGUGGUGCUGCGCUCCUCCUCCUGCUCCUCAGCCCUCCCCUCUCCGAGACCACAGCACCUGGGAGCCUCAGCGGCUGCCCUGAGGCCACACCUCCAGGAGCAGCCGAGUCCAGCCAAUGGGCGCGGGCCGCCGGGGGGCGUGGUGCUGCGCGAGAAGCCGCCCGUGGGGAAGAACGGACCCCAGCCGCUGAGGCACCCGUCCUACAUCCUGGCGGUGAACGAGGCGGAGGGAGGCGCCCGCGAGCAAACGGGGGCGGGCGCCGCGGGAGUGGCAGGCGUGUGCUGGCUGCCCAACGACACCCGGCGCGAGAUGCAGAUGCGACGGAUCGGCGAGAACGAGUCCUUUUCCAGCACACUGGAUGAGUCGCUCGACUCCAUUCCUUUCAUUGAUGAGCCUGCGAGCCCUAGUGUUGACCGUGACGCUGUGCACAUUCCAGCCUCUAUUGUGAUCGCUGGCCCUUCGGCCACAACUGCUGCCACGCCCAGCCCUAGCACCCCCUCCCCUCUCAUUCGCCGACAGCUGUCACAUGACCAAGAGUCACUCAAAAAUGCCAUCCUGGAAUCCCAGAAUGGGACGAAGACAGAGCGUUCCAAGUCCUAUGACGAAGGCCUGGACAACUACAGAGAGGAGGGCAGAGGACGAUCCUCCUCUAAACACAUGCCCAGUCUGAAGGUGUUCCGGAAGGCUGUGGAUGGACACAAGUCACCUGAUGACUCGGGCUCUAGGAGGGACUCUUCCGCAGACGUCUUCGGUGACUCCUCAAAGGAGGGAUGGCUGAAGCUCAACACAGACAAAAACAAGCGUGUGGGAGGCGGUAUCCGGGGGUGGAAACAGAUGUAUUCGGUACUGCGAGGCCACUCCCUCUACCUCUACAGGGACAAGAAGGAGUGCCUGGCCCACGCCCACUCACAGCUCGACGAGGUGCCUCAGCCAAUCUGCAUCAAGGCCUGCCUGAUUGACAUCUCCUACAGCGAAACCAAGCGCAAGAACGUGCUGCGGCUGGAAACGUCAGACGGCGAGUACCUGUUCCAGGCGGAGAACCGGGACGACAUGCUGUCCUGGAUCUCCGUCAUUCGGAAAACCAACAACCUGGACGAGAACGCAGCAGUGACGAGCACAGACCUGCUCAACCGCAAGAUCAGCAGAGCCAUAAAGAGUGUUCCGGGCAAGAGCAAGAGUCAAAGUCCCCACUCCCCCAAAUACGAGGACAGGAAGAGCAGUAGAGGGACACUGGGGGCAGGGUGGUGGAGAGGGAUCACUGGCCUCAGGAGGAAGCCUGCCGAGAAGAAGCCCACGGCUGGGGUCACCUUUGGGGUGCGCCUGGACAACUGCCCCCCUGCACAGAACAACAGAUUUGUGCCGCUGAUUGUGGAGGUGUGCUGUAAGCUGGUGGAGGAGCGAGGGCUGGAGUACACAGGCAUUUACCGCGUCCCUGGCAACAACGCCGCCAUCUCCAGCAUGCAGGAGGAGCUGGACACCAAAGGCAUGGGCGAUAUCGACAUCGAGGAGGACAAAUGGCGGGACCUCAAUGUUAUCAGCAGCCUCCUGAAAUCCUUCUUUAGGAAGCUGCCAGAACCACUGUUUACAAAUGAGAAAUAUGCAGAUUUUAUCGAUGCCAACCGGACAGCUGAUGCUGUUGAGAGGCUGAAAGUGCUAAAGAGGCUGAUUCAUGAGUUGCCAGACCAUCACUACGAAACGCUCAAGUACCUCUCGGGGCAUCUGAAAAUGGUGUCUGAGAACUGCGAGAAGAAUAAGGUAGGAGAAACGAGUGCACUGACACAAUGGAUGCAGGAAGUCCGUGCUGUGCUGGUGUGUUGUGAAGGAUGCAGAGUCCGUGCUGUGCUGGUGUGUGUUGUGAAGGAUGCAGGAGUCCGUGCUGUGCUGGAUGCAGGAGUCCGUGCUGUGCUGGUGUGUGUUGUGAAGGAUGCAGGAGUCCGUGCUGUGCUGGUGUGUGUUGUGAAGGAUGCAGGAGUCCGUGCUGUGCUGGUGUGUGUUGUGAAGGAUGCAGGAGUCCGUGCUGUGCUGGUGUGUGUUGUGAAGGAUGCAGGAGUCCGUGCUGUGCUGGUGUGUGUUGUGAAGGAUGCAGGAGUCCGUGCUGUGCUGGUGUGUGUUGUGAAGGAUGCAAGAGUCCGUGCUGUGCUGGUGUGUGUUGUGAAGGAUGCAGGAGUCCGUGCUGUGCUGGAUGCAGGAGUCCGUGCUGUGCUGGUGUGUGUUGUGAAGGAUGCAGGAGUCCGUGCUGUGCUGGCAUUUUCUUGGUGUUCUGGCUUCCUCUGUCUUCUGCUCCUCCUGUGUGUGUGUGUGUGUAGCUUUACAGUAGGCAGGAUUUCAGGUCCCCCCGAAGUCGCCUUCUCACACCUGUGUUUUUUCCCCCUCUUGUCCACAGACUCAGCCAGUGAUUCUGCCAAAUCCAAGGGCUCGUGGGGUUCUGGGAAGGACCAGUACAGCCGGGAGCUGCUGCGCUCCUCCAUCUUCGCCAGCCGCAAGCGCAAGAAGCCCAAAGACAAGCCGCAGCCCAGCAGCUCGGACGACGACCUCGACGUUCUCUUCCCCAAGAAGGAGUCCCAGGAGCAGAGCGCCCAGCCGGCCUGGCCGCAGCAGCCCGAGGAGGGCCCAGGAGACGAGGACGAGGAGGAGGAGGAGGAUGAAGGCCAGGGUGGCAGGGGGGGCGCCCGAGGCAGUGGCCGGCGUCGGCGAGCCGCCAGAGCCAGCCCGCCACCCGAGGCUUACCCCUGCCCCUCGCCCAAGCCCGGCUCGUCCCCCACCCUGAGCUACCGCAUGCAGGCGGUCCGGCAGUGCUCGCUGUCGGACCAGGUGUCGUCGGCCUGCGACGAGGGCUGCACGUCGGACCUGGGCACGCUCAACAGCACCAGCUCGCAGGCCUCCGUGGGGCGUCCGGGCAGCUCCAUCAUGAGCCCGAGCCACAUGGUGGGCGCCGAGAACAGCGGCCGCGGCCCCACGCUGGGCCGCCGGCAUGCCCGGCGGCGGAGGCAGCGGCUGGUGAGCGAGGGCCGGCCCAUGGAGACGGACAGCGAGAGCGACCUGUCGGUGUUUGCCGUGAGCCGGGAGGAGACGGGGCCCCUCGCCAAGAGGACAGGCGCUCGUCGGCGAUCGAACCGCCCGCUGAUGUGGCCAAGCGGGAGCUGCCUGGCAAUAACCUGGCGGCUCAUCGCCCGGCGACACGCCAAGCAAGAAGACCACCGGCAGAAGACGGACAGCGAGUCGUCGGCGUCGGAGAGCGGGCGUGGCGAGCGGGAGGCCACUCGGCUGGCAGCGGCUCGGCGCGCGCGCGGACCCGCCGGACUGGGAGUCCCCGCCGACAACCCGGUCUGGCGAAUCAAGAUCACCGACCGCCUCAAGUUCCGGCUGCGCUCGUCGGCCGACGACAUGUUCGGUGUCGGGCGCUCGCCGGAGACGCGUGCCAAGCGCAAGGGCAACAUCCGCCGGCGGCACACCAUGGGCGGCCAGCGGGACUUCGCCGAGCUGACCGUGUUGGGUGAGCCGUCGCCGUUGUCGGCUGUCGACCGGCUCAAGCCCAAGUGCAGCUCGCAGGACUUCUCCAUCCGCGACUGGAUCGUCCGCGAGCGACACCACCGGGUCAGCAACCCUGAGGUCAGCCUGCUGGGCGCCGCCUCGUCCUCGUCCUCCUCGCAGACGCUCCAGGGCCUGGCCCACGACUGCCCGGAGGCCGAUGGCGGGCUAACCAACGGGGACGGCCCCUCUGGCCAGGGAAAGAGCCUUAGCCUGGGCGCCGACGCGCACCCCCAGAAACUGUCUAACUCGCAAGUGGUCCGCUCGCGUUUCUAUCAGUACCUGUGAGAGUAUGCAUGUUCUUGUGUUUGUGUGUGUGUGUGUGUGUGAAUGGGAUGUGGUGUGGUAUUUGUGAGGAGAUGCGAUGGGUGAGUGUGUUUGAUGGUUCAAAACCUUAUCUAAUGAAUUGCUCUGUGUGUGUUUGCGUGCGUGUCGCAUGUGAAUGAAUUCACACCGCGAGGUGUCUUUGUGUACGUGGUGUACGUCUGUGGACACUAACGGCAAAGGGUACUACGUGUAGCCGGGAGCGGCGUCCUCGCUGGCUCCCGGCACACACUGGGUCCUCGUCAGAAUCAGCGAGGACAAAGGGGACGGACAGCACAGCAGUGGCCGGUAGUGUGUCCUCCUCAUUCCUUUCCUCCCCCAGAACCACUCCUCAUGCCACGGGCCCCUCAGCGGGAUCCUCCGACUCUGAACCCUCGUGUGGCUGGAAGACUUGAAGGUUGCGCUGGGAGAACGUGUGUAGACUGUGAAAGGAUGGCAAGAAGAUUGGAGUUUUGUUUGGGGAUGGUGGGGGCGAGAGGAUUUGUUGAGAGAUAUUUUAGGGUUAUAAAGAUGACAAAGUAGGUCACACUAUGGAUGGAUUAGGAUGUUCUUUUCUUUUUUUUUUACAAAAGGACUGGUGCAUAGUGUUGUAAAAGUAUUGCUGGAGGAAUCCAUUUUCUUAGCUUUGAAAAUGAAAGGAGGUCCCAGAGGGUUGUCUCCCUGUGUGCUUCUAGGUAACCAAAUGAAGAAUGUGCUUGCUGUUCUUACCGAACUAAAAAGCAGAGUUGGUAGUGUGCUCACCUCUUUCAGGAAAUUAAGUGUACAUAUCCCCCCCCCUCUUUCUCUCUCUCUACUUGAAGUGUGGUCUUUGCAGAUGUUUUUUCUCGCUAGGCCUUCAGUGGGGUUGUUGUGUGUGUGCUGUGGAGGUUGGCUUCUGACUGGGUGUUGCAGGAACCAGACUUGACUCUUUUAAAGCUUUAAAAAUGAAUUGAAUUGAAUUUAGGAAAAAUGUAAAACAAAACAUUUUUGUAUGACACUAUAGUAACUGACACAUAAUAUGGACAAAAAUGAGUCACUUCCCACUUAUGCAGUGGUGUAUUUGUGAACAGGCUUGUUGUAUACCAUGACACUAUACUUUACAAUGGACUGCAAACAUGAAUUGGAUUAAAAAAAAAAAGAAGGAAAAGAAUUGGUAUAUGGGAAAAAAGGUUAAAAGAAAUGCUGUUUGAUGAAUGAAAAGUGCCUCCUAUUGAACUGAUUUGGGGUCAGUAAGGGUGCCAUACUGUCUUUCUGUACUGACAUGUACUUCACCAACAUGUACUGUGAAAGAUGACAUUUUAUCAACAAGAGAAAUUUUCCAGAACUAUUCCAUACAUGGAAAAUCAAACACGGGAGCUUCCAUUCCGUAAGCAUUCCGCUUGGGUCUUAAUACCUUUUUAUACAUGACACUUUUUUUGGUUCAUUUUCAUUUUUUAUUAUUAUUAUUAUUAUUAUUCAAUUUGAUUUUGUGUUUGCUCUCUGUAAUGGAACUUGAAUUUUGGAUUUUCCGAUGUAAAAUAAGUAACUUAAAUGUACAUAUCUAUUCCAUGUUUUAGCUGCUUUCUUUCUUUUUAUUGUUUCUCUUCCUUUCUUCCAUUUGUUUCCAUGGCAGGGGCUCAUGUCUUAGCACCUGCUCAGGGGGUGUCAAGGACUUGGCCUCAGGGAGGU